AUGAAGUUUCUUGGGAAAAUAAAAAGGACUAGGAAAUUUGCAGCUGUUAAGCGUGUUCUAAAUCCUAAGGAUAAAAGAGUUGAGCAAAAUAAGCAGAAUAAUAAUAGGAACUCAUCCAGUAUUAGCAAUUCUAAAGAAACCUCUGUACUAAAAGAGAUACCUAAUACCCCUUCAAGUUUAUUUUUCAAUUAUAAUAGUAACCUAGGCCCUCCAUUCCAUAUAUUACUUGAUACAAAUUUCAUUAAUUUCUCAAUUCAACAUAAGCUAGAUAUCUUCAAGGGCACAAUGGAUUGUUUAUUGGCUAAAUGUAUCCCAUGUAUAACAGAUUGUGUCAUAGGUGAAUUAGAGAAGAUGGGACAUCGUUAUAACUUAGCAUUGAGGUUAGCGAGAGAUCCAAGAUUUAGACGCCUUCAUUGUCUACACAAGGGGACAUAUGCAGAUGACUGUAUUGCACAGAGAGUUACAGAACACAAGUGUUAUAUAGUGGCUACAAAUGAUACAGAAUUGAAGCGUCGUAUUCGUAGAAUACCAGGUGUUCCUAUAAUGUAUGUUACAAAUCAUAAAUAUGCUAUAGAACGUCUUCCAGAUUCCUUGGUAUCAGUGCCAAUUAAAUCAAAGUAA